ACUUGAAACUGAGCUUUGUGGGAAAGAAGAGCCCCUGGUCAGGAGUGCAGCAGCUACUCUGAUUGCAAGUCCACUUCAGAUACCCCUGCCUCUAAUCCAGAAAGCAGCUAUGGCCCGCUUCCUAAGAAACGAGGACAAUGAGGAGAACAUGCUAAGUAUGUCCCUUAGUCUAAGCGAAGGGGAGAGAGAGAGGAUGGCCAGAGUUACUAAGGCCCUCAGUCUAAGAGAAAACGAAGCAGAGGACAAGUUUGAGGAUGCCCAUGAGAUUAUCCCCGUGGCAACAACGAUGACUCUCCUAUCGUCCUUGGAAGAAUACACUGGAUUGUAUUUGUUUCUAAAUAACAGAUUCUCCGAUGCAAUCAAUCUUGUUCACCCGUGGUCAAAAAACAGCCCGUACCACGCCCUGAUAUACAGCAUGCUCAUGAUUGUCAAGGCCAUCCUGACUUUUGAGCCACAGGAUAUUCAGAUCGGAAUGAACGCGGCAAAGGAAGCUUUGAAAACCUGCAACAAUUUCCGGAAAAGACCCAGAAUAAUGACUUUAUCUCGCUUAGUGAGUAGGCAGGGAAUAAAGUCUGUCAAAGAGGAAGAAUUACACGCAGAAGUCUGUUAUGCUGAGUGUCUGAUCUUGAAGUCUGCCAUAACAUUCAUACAGGAUGACAGUUUGCUGAGUUUCCUUAAAAGCGGCAUCAACUUUGGGUCAAGCUAUCAAAUAUACAAAGACUGCCAACAGGUCUUAGAACUUAUGCCUGAUAACCAAAGUAAGACGCACAGACACCUGGAUGGAGGGGUCAAGUUUGGCCUUGGCGUAUUCAACCUGAUGUUCUCCCUUGUGCCGCCAAGGUCGCUUAAACUUCUCAAUAUUGUCGGCUACUCUGGAGAUAGAGAAGUAGGCCUGGCCUUGCUCCACGACAGUGCGUCCGAACCUCAUAUCAACAACAUCCUAAGUGUCUUCACUCUUCUCUUCUAUUACAAUUACGUGCGUGUAGUUUUCGGUGUUGAGAAGGUGUCCACUUCUGCCACGGAGAAUCUCUUCCUGAUCUACCUGGCGAAAUUCCCCAACUGUGUCGUCCUUAAAUUUUUUCGUGCCCGUUUUAGCAUGCUAAAUGGAAAUUUUGAAACCGCACAGUUAAAAUUACAAGAGUGCAUUAUCACGCAGAGCGAAUGGAAGCAGGUUCAUCACCUCUGCUACUGGGAACUCAUGUGGUGCCAUAUUUUUCUGCAGAACUGGAAGCAGGCCUACAGCUAUGCUAGUCUACUGUUUCAGCACAGCAGGUGGUCUAAGGCAAUAUACGCCUACAGCAAAGCCAUAAUACUGGCCUUGCUUCCUCCUAACUCUGUGCACUCAGAAAACGAGACCAUGAAUUCGGUCUUCCUACACGUGGAUAGCCUGAGAAUCAAAAUUUUAGGCUCCUCUGUGCCAAUAGAAAAAUUUAUUGCUGAGAAAAGCCAGCGCUAUGGUACGACGACAGGCUGGUUUACAGCACAGCCCCUUCUGGAAUUCAUUUAUGCGUGGAGUGGCUUCCGAGUCAUGAGCAAGAAAAUCGAGCUUAUUUCCAGUUGGCUGUCGAUAAUCGACAAAGGAAAAGACCUGUUGAACGAAAAUCCAAAUGAGGAGUACGGCAUAGACGACAUGAGUUUGUUAAAUUUGCUGAAAGGUCUCUGCCUGAAACAUCUGGGCAAACAUUUGAAGGCUGAGCACUACUUUAUCCGUGUCAUCAAGAAGGAGAAACUGUUAAAAUACGACCGCUACCUGGUGCCAUAUAGUUACUAUGAACUGGGGAUGCUGCAUUAUCUGAAGGGAGAUUAUGCCAACGCAACCAGAAACCUAGACUACAUAAAGAACUACAAAGACUACUCCAUGGAAGCCCGGCUACAGUUUCGGGCUCAUAUUGCCCUCGAACAAAUAGCUAAGUUAGAAAAGUGAUUGUGAGCCUGGUGUGCUUCUGUGGAGUGUGAGUGGAAUAUUAAGAAUGGAAUAGCCACACUCGGUCAAGUCGUCAAUGGUUAGGAAAGUGAUUCCCUUGUGAAAACCAAAAUCCAGGAGGCAGCUGCUAAGAAUCUGACCAGUAAAUAAGAAAGGAAUAGGCCAUUUCUUUGCCCUCUCUCCUUCUCCUUCUCCAUAAAAUGCAAUGCUUAGACUGAAAAC